CACAUGCUACUCCUUUCGGUGAUGGGCGUGGGAAUGCAUUUGUUGAAAUUCACCAACUGGGUCUCUCUCUUCGUUCUGGGUUUUGCUUUCUUGUACUUCUAUUACGCCUACCAGUUCUCUUCUUCCCAAAUUAUGGCUGAAGGAAGUUCCAAAUCAAUAUACGAUUUCACAGUCAAGGAUAUUCAUGGUAACGAUGUAAAGCUGAGUGAAUACGGUGGGAAGGUUCUCCUGAUUGUAAAUGUUGCUUCCCAAUGUGGUUUAACACAAUCCAACUACAAGGAAUUAAGUGUUUUGUAUGAAAAGUACAAAAACAAAGGUUUUGAGAUCUUGGCAUUUCCUUGCAACCAGUUUGGAGGACAAGAGCCAGGAAACAAUGAGGAGAUUCAAGAAGUUGCAUGCACGAGGUUUAAAGCUGAAUUCCCAAUCUUUGACAAGAUUGAGGUGAAUGGGAAGAAUGAGGCGCCCCUUUACAAAUUCCUGAAAUUACAGAAAGGUGGGCUCUUUGGAAAUGGCAUCAAAUGGAACUUUACCAAGUUUUUGGUUAACAAAGAAGGAAAAGUUGUGGAGAGAUAUGCUCCUGUGACAUCACCUCUUAAAAUUGAGAAAGACAUCCAGAGUCUGUUGGAAUCUUCUUGAGUAUCAAGGUCUGAUAUGUUUCUUUACGAAAGGAUAUGUAUUAUAGUCUGUUGCACUGGUGUAAUGAGUUUUUAUUUUCAUUGAAAAAAACCUUUUUUCGGUAAAGGACAUUUGAAUUCCAAAUCCCAUGGCCCUCUACAUGUCAUCACCUCCUUUGCUAUGUUGGCAUUUAUUUUAUGAUAGAAUGGUUCAGAUGAUUUUAAAGAUCUUUAAGGGUGUUUUCACGUGAUGUACAACGCCAUCUAUAAACUAAUUCAUAUUCUGUUUAGUUAUUUAUUCCUUUUAAGCUAACAGUCCUGCAAGGGAAUUGAAUCGGUGCCAGGAUUAGAAUUAUCUAGUCUAUGACAGAUCUGGGUUUUAUAGAUA